CGCUCCUCGCCGGCCAGUCAACCUCCGACCGCGCCCGCAUGCGUACACGAUCCCACGAUCGCGAUCCUAGUGUGAAACUGUGCUAAAUGGAACUGACUGGCGUUCAAUGUUAAAGAAACAAAGAUACGAGGACAAAGAAGUGAACAUGGCGAUACAGAGUGUUUCGAGAUACCCGAGUAGCCCGGCGGAGGCUACCGAGCCCCCGAAAGCGUCGAGGAUCAGCUUCAGCGUCGCCUCAAUAUUGGCUGACACUAAAGCGAAUCAGGUUGAUGAGACGGCUGAAAUGAUUAGGCAUCAUCGAACGAUACCAGAAUCUCCUCUAAGACAAUCUCCGGCAGCGCAACCCGAGUUACCCGGCGGGAAGUCAUUAUCUCCCAGGCCAUCAUCCCAAACCCCUCCCCUGAAUCUAAACGCCUCCGCAACUGUGACAUCUUCGGAAGACGAAUACGAAGAUUCUGUAAAUCAAGAAGAUUCGAUAGUCGACGUCGAAGAUUUGCAAAACGGAGCUCAAAGCGAUGAGGACGAUAGAACGUCGACGCCUAAUGAGAAAGAGAGAUUAGGACCUAUAAGACCGACUCCGUUCAGCGCCUUGGCAGCGGCGGCAGCAGCCUACCACGGCCUGGGCUGGCCUGGGGCUCCAUCAGUCGUGCCAUCAUUCGGACCACUGUUUCAAUCGCAUUUCCCAGUUGGACAUAUAACAGAUGCCAAUGGCGAGCCACCAAAACUAAAAUGCAAUCUGCGUAAGCACAAACCGAACCGGAAGCCCCGGACUCCAUUCACCGCUCAACAACUGCGUGCUCUAGAGAGCAAGUUCGUAGACAAGCAGUACCUGAGCAUAGCUGAACGGGCGGAGUUCUCGUCAUCACUGGGACUGUCAGAGACACAGGUCAAAAUCUGGUUUCAAAAUCGUCGCGCUAAAGCGAAACGCGUCCAAGAAGCCGAGAUCGAGAAGCUCAAAAUGGCGCAGUUUUCCCGCCAUCCCCACCACAUGUACCCUCACCCAUUGCAGCAGUACUUCCCCCACCACCUGAUGGGAAGGCCCCUACCACCGAUGAUGCCACCGCAUUUGGCAAUGCAUAACUCUUUACCUGGCUCACCAUCUCCAAGUACACAGUCAAAUGGACAGUAAAAGAAAUUGAAAAUAAAUUGUAUAUUUUCCAAAAGUUUAAGGUCAAUUCGAAUAUAUAAAUGAGAGCAAUAAACUUCCGACAUGCAUGAAAUAUAUCAGUUUGGGUUAUUGUAAUGUAUUGGUAUUAAAAUUAAUGUGAAUGCGCGCUUAAUCGACCUCUAUAAUUUAAAAUCUUUACCAUUUAAUUUAAUAAGUUAUUUCUAUUGUUGUAUUGACGCUAAGGCUGUAUGGUGCAAUACGUUCACCUUUUUCAAGUGAUAAGAAAAAAAAAAUGUCGCCAAAAUAGAUAAGAAAACUCCCUUGUAAUUGGUCAUGUUCGAUUUUCUUAUAUAUUUGUAAAUUAUCGUGUAAAUAUAGCUUAAGUUAACGUAUUUUACUUAAUGAUGUAUUAUUUAAUUAUAAUUAAUUCUUAAUUAAAACCUUUAUAGAACCAAAUCAUA